ACAACGACGGCUGCCUGUAUGAUGGACCUGAGGAGAUACCCACUGGACGAACAGAACUGUACUCUGGAGAUAGAGAGCUAUGGCUACACCACAGAUGACAUCGAGUUCUACUGGAAAGGGGGGGAGAAUGCUGUGACAGGAGUGACGCGCAUCGAGCUGCCUCAGUUCUCCAUCGUGGACUACAAACUGGUUUCCAGGAACGUGGUCUUUUCCACAGGUGCCUACCCACGUCUGUCUCUGAGCUUCAAGCUAAAGAGGAACAUCGGCUACUUCAUCCUGCAGACGUACAUGCCCUCCAUCCUGAUCACCAUCCUGUCCUGGGUCUCCUUCUGGAUCAACUACGACGCCUCCGCUGCCAGAGUGGCUUUAGGUAUCACCACGGUGUUGACCUUGACCACCAUCAACACCCAUCUGAGAGAGACGCUCCCUAAGAUCCCCUACGUCAAGGCCAUAGACAUGUACCUGAUGGGCUGCUUCGUGUUUGUCUUCCUGGCUCUGCUGGAGUACGCCUUCGUCAACUACGUCUUCUUCGGACGGGGCCAUCGGAUGCAGAAGAAGUUGGCAGAGAAGGUCAACAAUGACAGGGCGGCCAAGUUCGACGGCAACAGGGUAACGUUUACCCCCUCAGAAAUGGUUGACUCUCAGGGCAACAUCCUCCUGACUACCCUGGAGAUCCACAACCAAGUUGGCGCCGGCAAUGAGAUCACAACCAGCAUCACCGAGACAACCACACGGAACUCCACCUCCAUGAUAUUCAACCAAUCAGGCCUCCAGUACCGAAAACCGAGUGCUCUGAGUGGCCGGGAAAGAAACGCCCAUGCUCACGUGAAGAAGACACGGCUACGCAGGCGGUCCUCUCAAUUCAUAAUCAAAAUCCCCAACCUGACGGACGUGAACUCCAUCGAUAGAUGGUCACGGGUUGUCUUCCCCUUCACCUUUACCCUCUUCAACUUCAUCUACUGGCUUUACUACGUGAACUAGUGGUCUUCAAGCCUCUCCCCAGGGACCCCCCAGCCGUUCAUCUACUGGCUUUACUACGUGAACUAGUGGUCUUCAAGCCUCUCCCCAGGGACCCCCAGCCGUUCAUCUACUGGCUUUACGACGUGAACUAGUGGUUCUCAAGCCUCUCCUCAGGGACCCCCAGCCGUUAAAUUUUAGAACCACUGAACUAAGUAACAGAAGGGAUUUUCACUCCUUAAACUUCUGUUGUUUCUCUAAAGAGUAAAGAAACCCAUCUGUAUUCGGAGGACAUAUAGCUACGCAGUCCAUACUGAGUGCAGAGAGACACUAGAACAACACUGAGUUGUGGGGUCUCCUGAACUGUACGUUUAGACGAGCAGAGACAGACGCUUUGUGGAAAUUCUAUCCUUCUGAACACUCCUCUGUACAAACCAGAGGGGGACACAGUAAAUGGUAUGGGGUUUUCAGAAGCGUUAUUUACUUUGAUUUAUGCCAAUUAUUGUGACUCUACCCCUUAUUUUAGUGUGAGAAAUUCAUUGAGCUAAAACUCAUUAUAAACUGAAUGGGAAAUUAAUUCAGUGUGCUAUUUAUCAUAGCCCGUUAUAAACUGAAUGAGAAAUUAAUUCAGUGUGCUAUUUAUCAUAGUAGCCCAUUAUAAACUGAAUUAGAAAUUAAUUCAGUGUGCUAUUUAUCAUGGUAGCCCAUUAUAAACUGAAUGAGAAAUGAAUUCACUGUGCUAUUUAUCAUAGUAGCCCGUUAUAAACUGAAUGAGAAAUUAAUUCUAUGUGCUAUUUAUCAUAGUAGCCCGUUAUAAACUGAAUGAGAAAUGAAUUCACUGUGCUAUUUAUCAUAGUAGCCCAUUAUAAACUGAAUGAGAAAUGAAUUCACUGUGCUAUUUAUCAUAGUAGCCCGUUAUAAACUGAAUGAGAAAUGAAUUCACUGUGCUAUUUAUCAUAGUAGCCUGUUAUAAACUGAAUGAGAAAUUAAUUCACUGUGCUAUUUAUCAUAGUAGCCCGUUAUAAACUGAAUGAGAAAUGAAUUCUAUGUGCUAUUUAUCAUAGUAGCCCAUUAUAAACUGAAAGAGAAAUGAAUUCAGUGUGCUAUUUAUCAUAGUAGCCCAUUAUAAACUGAAAGAGAAAUGAAUUCAGUGUGCUAUUUAUCAUAGUAGCCCGUUAUAAACUGAAAGAGAAAUGAAAUGCACAGCCUUUGAGUCAGGAUAUGUCUGGUUUAUCUGUUGGGAUAUUACCAUUCCAGUCAUGUCUAUGUUCUAUGGACUGUCAGAACAAGAUGCACUGCAUAGGGUUGCAUAUGAGCUGAAUAUUAUAGUCAUGAAUAACCAUGACUAGUCAUGUACUGAAUCACUUUUGGAUACUAAUUCCAUUGGCUUGGGUCUGACUAUUCUGCAAACGAUUUAUUUAAAAAAUAUAUAUAUAAGUGCUGAAGUAACCUCUAUGUAAUCUUGAUCUAUAUUUCACUGUACAUUGGAGGCAACGUAAUGUCAACUCUGCUCUCACCAACCCACACCUCAGUAUUACUGUAGUUCAUAGGUCACGCCUAACAUCCACACUGCCAAGAUAAGCAUGUCAUGGAACCCGAAUCAUCCAUUUUUAUUCAUUAAACCAGACUUACUUUUAUUCAUUUGACAAGAAUCAAUCUAAGUCAUUUACCUUCCCUGAGUGAAAAUAUGUUUUCUGAUCACAAGAAAACGUGUGUUUCCGAUCUGCUGUCAUGCAAUUCUGAAUCAAGGCUUUGCUGUGGGCCUUACAUGUGUUGGCAAUACAGUAGGCUGACCUUCGUCUGACCUAAACUGUACCCACAUCUUUAUGAAUAGUCUAAUGAAUGAUGUUAUUUUUUACAAUGUACAUACAUACCGUAGCCAUAGAAAACACAACUCAGGUUCUGAAUGGAAAAGUUCCUUAUCACAAUACACAUGAUCUAUUGUCUGAUUGUGUUAUUACACAUUAUUCCCAUACAUUUCCCUAUGAUUGGUUUGUAAUGCAGCCAUACUAUAUACUACACAUGACUACUACCUUAUGUUUCUCAGUGAAGUAUCCUGUCCUUUAAGACCUCAGAGAACUGACACUGGGGGUUCUGCUCAUACACACUACAACAACAUCCCUCUGGUCGAAGACAGACAUUACACAUUAGAGGCUCUGUAUAGGGAAUAGGGUGCUGUUUGAGAUGCAGACAGACUUUACACUAGACCACCCUACAGAGAGUCUAGACCCCCCCUACUGAGUCUAGACCCCCCUACAGAGAGUCUAGACCCCCCUACAGAGAGUCUAGACCCCCCUACAGUCUAGACCCCCCUACAGAGAGUCUAGACCCCCCCUACAGUCUAGACCCCCCUACAGAGAGUCUAGACCCCCCUAAAGACUCUAGACCCUGAAGCAGAGUCUAGACCUCCCUACAGAGAGUCUAGACCCCCCUACAGAGAGUCUAGACCCCCUACAGAGAGUCUGUACCCCCUACAGAGAGUC